AACCUCCUCCCCUGAUCAACUGAGCUUCAAACCACACGUCCAUCCUUCCGCAUCCAUCUAAGCCAUGCGUUCCUCUCUAUAUAAACCCCCCCAAACCCAACCUCACUCCAAUCUCAAUCUCCCCAAAACCCAACCAAAGAAAGAAACAAUCUUUUAGCGAUAGCCUCAUAUUCUAAACCCAAUGGCUAGACUUGGUCUGAUUUGCUUAGUUCUAGCUGGGUUCAUGGUGCUUCAAGCCACCAUGGCUGAUAAAUCCCGGGAUUUGGAGCUGAAUCCAUUUGAGGAAGUGAAGUUCCAAGAUGGAGUUUUUGUCAGAGAAGCAGAACACUCUGUUUCUGUUGCUGCAGAGCCAUCAUCUGAGAGUAUGCAGGAAGCCCAAGGGGCUGAAGCUCCAACUAGCAGGCGUUUGGGACCAGGAAAGCAUCACUCCUCUGAUAAGUCUGUGGCUGGAGGAGGUGUCAUUAUUGGUGGCCUCGUCACUACCAUUUUUGCAGCUGUUUUCUGCUACAUCAGGGUUACUAGAAGAAGGGGUGGUGUUCAUUAAGCUCCUUGCUGCGUUUACAUAUAUAUAUGAGGAUAAAUGAGUGUAAAGGAGUGAUUUUGAUCAACACAGAUACAAAAUGAUAUCAGAAUUAGAUGAUUUAGUGUAGUCAGAGAUUUAUCUUAUUAUUUUUUUGAAUAUUAGUGAGUGUGAAUAUUAGAUUGAGAUUGAGAUUGAGAUUUCUUUGAA